CAAUUUUAGCAGAAAAAAUAAGGUUGCCGUUUUCAAAAACCCUUCCGUUUAGUUUUCUUUUUCAACCGUUAAUUUUUUUCAAAAUCGUUAAAUUCGUUUUGUUAACGUUAUAAAAAUUAACGGAUUUUGCCGUUCGUUAACGGACUCUUCAGUUAAUUUUCGAAAACCUCCGUUUUGUAAACGGAACUUUGCCCAGUCCUAUAGUUAAUCAAGGAGCAGACUAACAGUACAAUAACAAACAAUGGCAAAGCGUAAAGGAAUAUUGAGAUUUUGCUACAAACACACACUUUCAUUUCCUAUAUCUUUGCAACCUGAUUGCUUUCACCUUUGAUAUUUCAAACUUAGAUUACUUAAUAUGACAGAAUUCAUAAUUUGAUAUAUUUAAGGUCUACCACAAUAGGCUAAAAUCGAACCAAUGGUCAAGAUUAGGUUAGGUACAAGGUACAAAGGGGCAAAAGUUGUUCCUGUAAACUUCAAAAUAUAAUAGAUUCCAAAUAUACAUUUUAGAGUUAUGUCAUUUACCAGAACUAACGGUAUCAGAAUGGGAAGAAGAGAAUUCCUGGAUAUCUAUUCUCUAUGGUUACCCCGGGAACAGGAUAUCUAUUCUCUGUGGUUACCCCAGGAACAUGAUAUCUAUUCUCUAUGGUUACCCCAGGAACAGGAUAUCUAUUCUCUAUGGUUACCCCAGGCACAGGAUAUCUAUUCUCUAUGGUUACCCCAGGAACAGACAGACAGUGUUGGUGCGUGUCUGUGAAUGACAAACAAUGACAAAAGAAAAUGAGAUUGUUGAUCUUAACCCCGCUAUUCUUCUUAGGAGUCUCAGCUUCCGCUGAUAGAGAAGGGAAACUAUUUUUAGUAACUUCUACUACAUCAACAACAGUCUCAACAACAACAUCGAUUUUACAGACACAAGCUACAUGCUUUGCACUUACAGCCAUAACAAAAGCGUGUAGACGUAAAAGAAUGAUGAUGACUAAUGAUCCUAUCAGUAAAGCUGAAGAUACAAUUGAAAUCAGUAGAGUUAAAAGGAAGGUAGAAGACUCUAUUGAUGUGGACAGCGUAGAAGGGAGUCAGAUGAAAGCUGGAAAUCGUAAUGCAAAAUUCUUCUGGUACUACAUGACAACAACAACGACCAGUACUUCAACAUCAACAUCAACAUCAACCAGUUACACAGCCACCUAUUCGAUCAGUCUUUCUGGAUGUACCCCUGCCGCCACCUUCACUGCUUGCGGAUAAACUUCUAAUUUUUAACUUUUUAUUAUAGUUUUAAUCCUUUUAUGUUAAAAUAAACACUGUCACCUGAUUA